AGCAGACCUGAUUCCUAAAAGGAGAGCCACAGAAAGAGCUGGCUGCCAGGGACAUUGGAUCCGCCUACUCCAGUGAGGAAGGCGGUGCUGUCUCGUCUUCCAGGCCCACGUGCCCAACCAGCUGGGACUUGCCUAGAGCCGCGCAUAAAUCAAAAGGGCCGCACACCCUCCCAGCCCAGAACAAAGCCAGCAGUAAACAGCCCGAGGGCCCUACGCUCAGCCAGCCAAUGGCCAUAGAAAUGGGGCGGGACCUCGGGGAUAAUGGACCAAUAGGAAGUGGUGGGGUUUGAGCUCUCCCCGGGUCCUAGGGCGGCCCGGGUUUGCAGCCCCCGCCCCAGGCCAUGUGGGAGCCUCACAGCGCCGAGGCGUUCGCGGCGGCCCUCGGCGGGGUCUUCUUCCUGCUUCUCUUCGCCCUGGGCGUCCGCCAGCUGCUGAAGCAGAGACGGCCGUCGGGCUUCCCCCCGGGACCGUCGGGGCUGCCAUUUAUCGGCAACAUCUACUCACUGGCUGCCUCGGCCGAACUCCCCCAUGUCUACAUGAAAAAGCAGAGCCAGGUGUACGGCGAGAUCUUCAGUUUGGAUCUUGGAGGUAUAUCAGCUGUGGUUCUAAAUGGCUAUGAUGUAGUAAAGGAAUGCCUUGUUCAUCAAAGUGAAAUUUUUGCAGACAGACCAUGUCUUCCUUUAUUCAUGAAGAUGACAAAAAUGGGAGGCUUACUCAAUUCCAGAUAUGGCCGAGGAUGGAUUGAUCACAGAAAAUUAGCUGUAAAUAGCUUUCGCUGUUUUGGAUAUGGCCAGAAAUCUUUUGAAUCUAAAAUCUUAGAAGAAACCAAAUUUUUCAUUGAUGCUGUUGAAACAUACAAUGGUAGCCCUUUUGACUUAAAACAAUUAGUAACAAAUGCUGUUUCAAAUAUAACCAAUCUGGUCAUUUUUGGAGAACGAUUCACUUAUGAAGACACUGAUUUUCAGCACAUGAUUGAGUUAUUUAGUGAAAAUGUGGAACUAGCUGCCAGUGCCUCAGUCUUCCUCUAUAAUGCCUUUCCAUGGAUUGGCAUCUUACCUUUUGGAAAACAUCAACAGCUGUUUAGAAAUGCAGCUGUGGUCUAUGACUUUCUCUCUAGGCUUAUUGAAAAAACUUCCAUCAACAGAAAACCGCAGUUACCUCAGCAUUUUGUUGAUGCUUAUUUAGAUGAGAUGGAAAGAAGUAAAAAUGACCCAUCAUCUACUUUCUCCAAAGAAAACCUAAUUUUUUCUGUGGGUGAACUCAUCAUUGCUGGAACUGAAACUACAACUAAUGUGCUACGGUGGGCAGUUCUUUUCAUGGCCCUUUAUCCUAACAUUCAAGGACAAGUUCAGAAAGAGAUUGACUUAAUUAUAGGACCCAGUGGGAAGCUUUCUUGGGAUGACAAGUGCAAAAUGCCUUAUACCGAGGCAGUUUUGCAUGAAGUUUUAAGAUUCUGUAACAUAGUGCCAUUAGGGAUUUUCCAUGCAACCUCUGAGGAUGCAGUUGUACGUGGUUAUUCCAUUCCCAAAGGCACAACAGUAAUCACAAAUCUUUAUUCUGUACACUUUGACGAAAAGUAUUGGAGAGACCCAGAAAUAUUCUAUCCAGAGCGAUUUCUGGACAGCAGUGGAUAUUUUUCCAAGAAGGAAGCUUUGGUUCCCUUUUCCCUAGGGAGAAGACAUUGUCUUGGAGAACAGCUGGCUCGGAUGGAAAUGUUCCUGUUUUUCACAACAUUGCUUCAGAGGUUUCAUUUGCAUUUUCCACAUGAACUGGUUCCAAACCUGAAGCCCAGGUUAGGCAUGACAUUGCAACCCCAGCCCUACCUCAUCUGUGCAGAAAGACGCUGAAAGUACACAGAUGUUUUGUGGAACAAGCUGUUCGCCUCACCCCCAAACCUUGUUUAAUUCUGUGUUUGGACAGGAAUCACAGCAUCAUAAAGCCAAA